AUGGCUUGUUGUUAUAUUGCUGCAUUCUGCAUUAGCCAGUUGGUCAAAGUCUAUCAAUUCCUUGACGUCGACGAUGCCAUACGAUACAAUGAAGACGAACCCGAAAUACCUUACCCCGAUGCCAAAUCCGCGGCUGGUGAAUAUACGGAAUGCGACAAACGUGAUGCUUCUCUUGUUCUGUCGCUUUCCGGACUUACUUGCUCGGCCUGUUCGAGUGCAGUUGAAUCAGCGCUGAGAAGCCACCCGGAUGUGGAUCAAGUACGAGUGUCGUUGGCGUUGCAACAGGCGACGCUGAUUGGAAAGACGUCGAGUUUUGACAGUCAGUCAAUUAUGAGACUCGUUACUGAUCUGGGAUAUGGCGUUGAGCUUGGACAGCGAUCACCUCAGGAGGUGAUACGGGUCCUCAAGGCCAAAGAAGAGAUUGCUAGGCUCAAAUCAAGUCUGUCCAGUCUGGCUGGGUGCGCAACAGUCAAUCAGACGAUUGCCUUCCUUGUUGUUCCUCAGAGCUAUCUCACAGUCGGCGACCAAAUUGUAAUCCCACCUUAUUCCAUCAUCCCAUGCGACUGCUACGUCACAGAGGGAACGUCUUCCAUCAACCAAGCCCUUAUCACAGGAGAAGCACUGCCAGUCCAGAAAUCCGCUGGGGACUUUCUUCUGGGAGGAACACGAAACUUGGGAAAAGAACUGGUGGCUGUUGUCGACAAAGAGCAGGGAAAUUCAUUUUAUUCGCAGCUCGUGCAUGGUGCCAUUGAGGCAGCGGGCUCAAAAGACCAAGAUAAUCAUGCGGUUGAGAGGGUGACGAAAUACUUGGUAGGGUUUGUUAUGACACUGGCAGUAGUUGUCCCUCUCAAGGAGAUCUGUACAUCUGCGGGUCCGCUGAGUUAUGAGGCGAUUCGAGGUGCGAUGGCUCGGGCGAUGACAAUACUCACUUGCGCAUGCCCUUGCGCCCUGGGACUGGCUAUCCCCUCAGCAGUAGUUGGAGCAGUAGGUAUAGCAAGUCAGAACGGUCUUCUCAUCACCAAGGGUUACAACACCAUCCAGAAACUCAGCAGCACCCAAUCCAUCGUGUUCGACAAGACUGGAACUCUGACACGCGCAAUGCUAGAUAUUACAGAUUUCGAAACAACAAAAGCGUGGAAGAAGCCAAUUACAGAGUUCUGGACUUAUAUCUGUGCUGUAGAGGAGCGCAGUAUCACGAGUCACCCUAUCGGCAGAGCUAUCUUUUCAGCAGGAGUGAAUCACCCCAAUGGCCCGUGGUCAGAAACGAAAGUCCUUUUAGAGACGCGAAAUGUUGCAAGCGAAUCUAGUAAAGGUGUUUCAGGAGAAGUCUCUUUAGGCCAAGAGCCUUGGCGACGUGUUGAUAUAGGAAGCAUGCGAUACUUGGGUUCCUGCGGCGUUUCCAAUCUCCCGGCUAUAUCUGAAGGAAAGGAUAGUGGUGUGAUAUCAGUAUACGUCGCUGUUGACGGGAAGUUUGCUGGGACUAUCUAUGUCACGGAUGCUGUUAGAGACGAUGCAGAGAAGACCAUUCAACAGCUCCAUAUGAUGGGUUAUGCAACGCAUUUGUUGACUGGCGACAUGCCUCACUCGGCAUAUCGUAUUUCCCAGCAGCUGAAGCUACCGGUGCUCGCAUCCGAAGCAACGCCUCAAGACAAGCUAAACCUCAUCAAGAGACUGCAGAAGGAAGGAAAUGUCGUUGCAAUGGUCGGGGAUGGACUCAACGAUGGCUUGAGCUUAGCAGCAGCCGACGUUGGUAUCGCUCUUUAUCACGACGUCGCUACCCCAACAGUCGGAGCAACGGUAUUUAUUCUUAACUCGCGGCUGGACUCUAUACCCUUGUUGCUCGAAAUUGCCGAACUGACCAUGAAGCAAAUCCGAUAUAACUUGGUAUGGGUCUUUGGCUAUAAUGCCCUAGCGUUGAGCAUGGCUUCUGGGCUCUUCUCUCCUUGUGGCAUUGUCCUGACACCACCGCUUGCUGCGGCUUGCAUGUCAUUCUCGUCAAUCUUUUUGACGCUGAAUGGGUUUUGGCUACGGAAUAGGCUAGCUACAGUUUUUAGAGCAGAGAAUUAG